CGUCUCCGCAGCGCCCUGACUAACGCACCAUAUAUAGCAAUAACAGGCAAGACAGAGCAUCGUCCACCAAACACAUCGCCAGCUCCAAUGUCCAGUUCGCCUUACCCGAAUACAUCGGUGUCUAUAUGCGGGAGGGGGGAUCCCCCGCAUAGGCGCCGCCAUGUUCGUCUACAUAGCGCCCCGCUAGAAUGCAUGCCUGUCGCGGGAGCGCGCUCCACUGAAAACAGCGAAAGGAAAGCUCUCUUUUGUAACUCGUGGAAUUGAUCGUUUCUGUUUAUGUAAACUCAUAAAAUGCAUGUAACACAUCAUAUGACAUUGUAUUUUGUUAAAAUACAGAUAUAUAACAUAAAACAAAUAAAAUAGGUCGCUGAUCUGAAAACGGUUUGUUAGGCUGUCAGGCAAGCUCUCUUGCGCCACUGAAAACAGCAAAAGGAAAGCUCUUGUAACGCGUAGAAAUGAUCGUUUCUGUUUAAACUCAUAAAACUCACGUAACACAUCAUAUGACAUUGAAUUUUGUUAAGAUACAGAUAUAUAGCACAAAACACAUAAAAUAGGUCGCUGAUCUGAAAACGGUUUGUUACUUAAUGGGCUGUCACGUGCAUGUUAAUAUCGAUUCAAAACAGCAGACAUGAACGUGGAAAUAUAAAGCUUGUUACAUUAUAAGUGUGUAUCAGAUGCACUGUAACACUGUUGUUAUUUUUACGAAAAAAAUUAAUUUGUUACUCAGUCUUUUAAAAAUGCCUGGGAAUCGUUUUAAUCACUGGCUAAAAUAAUGUUGCGCCACGUAGCUCAGAUGACACUGAUCUAUCUCCAAACUGUAUUAACUAAACGUGCAUGGUGCUGGGAUCACUGCAAAUAUAAUGAUGAAGUUGGUAAGGGGCAGCAUGUGGCUUGAUCGGCUAAGCCUGUGUUCAUGUAAUCAGAAGGUCACUAGUUCAAACCCAGCCUCAGCAUGCCUGCAGGUUCUUGACUGCUUGUGGUUCUUGAGUGGUUUUCCUUUCCAAACAACUUAGUCUAAAAAUAAGGUGUGAAGAUAAUUUCCCCAUGGGGAUCAAAGUAUUAUCUAUUAUUAUUAUUAUGUACUUGAUGAUGGGAGCUGCAGAAAUGCAAAAUCAAAGCCAAAGGGGAUGCCUUUUCCGGCAGGUGGUUGCCGAGAAAGGUUUUGCAUUUCUAUAGCUCCCAUCAUCAAGUGCCUUCGGCAGUUUGUAAAAGUCGAAUUAUACAGCUCUGCAAUACGAAUCCUUACUUGUAAAAAUGAUCUUUCUUACUAAUAGGAAUCACCUUGUGACCGUCUUGAAUUCAUAUUUUUACUAGUAAGAAUUAAUUUCGCGGCGAGUAAUUAGCCUUAUCCUAGCAAAAGACAAUCCGUGUGGUAUUUGUGCAUUUACUUUGUAAACAGUAAGUGUUGUAAUGGUUUAAUGCUUUACCAGGGAGUGCGCGUGUUUACUGGAGCGUCCACCCUGAGCGUGUCGUGUAAAUUGCUGCCUUGUUUCAGAUUAGUGAUGAGCUGAGCUCAUUAGAGAUGAGACAAACCCCCCACUUUAUAAGAACUGUCGUUUCCAUUUAAAAAUGACCCACACUCAGUACGAUUCUUCUUCCAAGUAAAUAUAAAUUACGGUCGCCAGACUUCCACUUUUUACAGGACUUUGUCCUCUCACUGGAUUCUAAAAUGUCUGAAGUGUCGCUUCGUUUCAUCUUGACAUUUGCUUUCAACAGUCAGAAUACUUUCUGUGAGCAUGUUCGCGUUGCUGGGACGCCUCUCUUCACGUCCUCAUUUUUCGCCGAUCAAAAUACGGUCAAUACGUUUACGAUUGCGUACUAAUUUGUGUAAUCAUUUUGGCAUUUAAAAGUAAAGUUUAAGUUGCUUCUAGAUAAUACGAUAAGACGGGCGGCGAAGGUCACUUUCCGUUUCCUUGUGAUCGUUCAUGCCAAAGCCGGGCGGUACUUUCCAGAAAACUUUCCAGGUGUCCAUAGGCUGUCUUUGUUCAAAUUACCCAAAUCGGAAAGCGCAUCUAACCAUAAAAUCAACCUGCAGAUGUAUAUACGGCUACUUCAGAAUGGGAAAGAAGAGCCGCACUGGUUGUUUCUCAUUUUGCCGUCAUGGAAAAUCACGCCGUGAUCCAGCCCCCCCACUAUGCUCUUCUGGCCUAACCGUGGGGGACCCCGGAUCAGCUGGGGCACCCUCAUCAUCAGCUGGUCCUACUGAGAUGGGAAGAGGUGAGGAAGAUGCCCCGUCUUCAAAGGAGACCCCUGUAUCCAUCGCCCCCGAGCAGCCGGAUGCCCAUCAGGCACAGCGGUUCCCUGAUCCUGGACCACAAACACAUGGGAUGUCCUGUGAUGGGAGCAGAGAUGCCCAAAAUGGUGGGGUGCAGUUCUCCAUCUCUGCCCAGUCCCAAAGCAAUGUGGUGUCUAAUGUUAUGAAUAACUGUAACGUCAACUCUGUAAACAUCCAUACCACAUUUGGAACGAAUGCGGACCCCAACUCAUCUGCCAAAGGUGUUUCUCUGGAGGAAAUACGCAACAAAAUAAAAUCCAUGCUGAAGACGAAGUACGAAUGUAUAUUUGAAGGGAUACCAAAGCGGGGGAAUCCAUCCAGUCUGGUCAGCAUCUACACAGAGCUCUACAUGACAAAGGGAGAAAGCGAGCAGGUUAAUGCCGAGCAUGAGGUGUGGUAUGUGGAGGCAGCGGCCAAGAGGACAGACACAGAGGAGAUCACUGUGAAGUGCAAUGACAUUUUUAAACCUUUACCUGACCAAGAAACACCAGUGAAGACUGUGCUGACCAAAGGGAUCGCAGGCAUUGGAAAAACCGUCUUGAUACAGAAGUUCAUUCUUGACUGGGCGGAAGGACGGGCAAAUACUGACAUCACGUUCGUUUUUCCUCUCCCUUUCCGACAACUGAAUCAUUUUCAUGACAAAGAAUUUAGUCUGAUGGGUUUAAUUCACCAUUUCUUCCCUCCAAUAGCCGACAUUGAAAAUAUUCAUUUUGAGGACUACAAAGUUUUGUUCAUCUUCGAUGGUCUGGAUGAGUGUCGUUUGCCUUUAAAUGAUAAUUGUCAGUGCUGGUGUAGCGUAAAGGAGUCAGUCUCACUGAAUAUCUUGUUAAUGAAUCUCAUUCAAGGAAAUCUGCUUCCCUCUGCUCUGCUCUGGAUAACCUCUCGACCAGCAGCGGUCAAUCAGAUCCCUCCCCAGUACAUCCAGACGAUGACAGAAAUAAGGGGGUUCAAUGAUCCACAGAAGGAUGAAUACUUUAGGAAGAAAUUUUCAAAUGAUGAGAAGCUUGCUGAAAGAGUGAUCAGCCAUGUGAGAUCGUGUAGGAGCCUCUAUAUCAUGUGCCACAUGCCUGUCUUCUGUUGGAUUUCAGCCACCUUCCUUGGAAAAAUGUUGACUAAAGAAGAUAGCCAGGAAAUGCCUAAAUCACUGACUCAAAUGUACACAAAUUUAUUGCUGAUUCAAACAAAAAUAAAGAAUCAGAAAUAUACCCAGGAAAGCUUGUUGAACAAAAAUGAAAUCUCUAAGUUAGAUAAAACAAUGAUCAUCAGUUUGGGCCAGUUGGCUUUUCAACAGUUGAUAAAAGGCAAUAUAAUUUUUUAUGAAGAAGAUUUAAGAGAAUGUGGCAUUGAUGCCAAGGCAGCGUCUAUGUACUCUGGUAUGUUCACAGAAAUAUUCAAAGAGGAGUUUGAAUUCGAUGAGCAAACAGUUUAUUGCUUCGUCCAUCUGAGCAUUCAGGAGUACCUUGCUGCUUUGUUUGUACAUUUUCGGUACAUUAACACUGGUGAAAAUUCUUUAAAUGCCAGCAUUUCGAAGAACAGUGACUUGUAUGAGCUGCAUAAGAGUGCAGUGAGUAUGGCUUUGGAGAGUAAGAAUGGACACUUUGAUCUUUUCCUCCGUUUUCUGCUGGGCAUCUCGCUGGAAUCCAAUCAGAAGAUCCUGCCAUGUGUACUGAGUGAGAACAGUGGCAGUUUACAGUCUUGUGAGAAAACAAUCAAAUUCAUCAAGCAAGAGCUUGCAAAGAACCUCUCUGCAGAAAGAGCCAUCAACCUCUUUCACUGUCUAAAUGAGCUGAAUGACAAUACCCUAGUGGAGGAAAUCCAGAAUUAUCUACGUUCAGGUUCCCCCAUGGACACUGAGCUGUCCCCAGACCAGUGUUCAGCACUGGCCUACGUCCUGCUGAUGUCCACUGAUGUGUUGGAGGACUUUGACCUUUCUGCAUACAACAGCACAGCAGCCGGGCGGAGGCGACUACUGCCUGUCCUCAAGAUCUGCAAAAGAGCCUGCCUGCACCACUGUAACAUGACAAAGUUCCUGAUGGAACCAGUGAUCCAGGUGCUCCAGUCACCCAACUCACUCCUGAUUCAUCUGGACCUUAGCUACAAUAAGCUGGGGGAAACAGGGGUGAAGCUGCUCUGCGAUUCAUUGAAGGCAUCAACGACCCUGCAGGUGUUGGGUCUGGGAGACUGUAACCUGACAGGAAGCUGUUGUGAGGGCCUGGCCUCUCUCCUGAUACAUCCCCUCCUCACGCUGAAGGAGCUGCAGCUCAGAGGGAAUGACCUGGGGGACUCUGGGGUGGAGCUCCUCUGCGGGGCUCUUAAGGAGACCAGCUGCCAACUUCAGCGACUGGGACUUUCAGGCUGUCGAGUCACUGAGAAAGGCUGCGCUUCUCUGGCUUCAGCUCUACAAUCAAACCGCUUGUACCUGACAGAGCUGGAUCUGAGCUACAAUCACCCAGGAGACUUAGGACUGGAACUGCUCUCAGCUGCACAGAAAGUCUCCAAACUGGAGACACUGAUUGUAGACCAUUGUGGCCCAUGCAGAGAUCAACCAGGGUUCCUCAAAUAUGCCUGCCAGCUAUCACUGGAUCCCAACACAGUAAACCCACUGUUGUACCUGUCUGAGGGUAACAAAAAGGUGACCUACAAAGGCAGCCAUUCGUAUCCUGACCACCCAGAGCGAUUUGAAGACUGGGUGCAGGUGCUCUGCAAGGAGGGGUUGUCUGGGCGCUGCUACUGGGAGGUUGAAUGGGAAGGAGGAGGUGUGGACAUUGCAGUGGCAUACAAAGGAAUAUCCCGGAAGGGAAGAAGAGACAGUUGUGGUUUUGGAUUCAGUAAUCAAUCCUGGAAAUUAUCUACUCCUGGGGAUAUUUUUCUUUUCUUUCACGAUGGUAAGUCGAGCGGGAGGGAAACCAACUCUUCGCGGUCCCGCAGGGUGGGGGUGUACCUGGACUGGCCGGCUGGGGUCCUGGCUUUCUACAGGAUAGACAAACAUACUGUUCUUGUGCACCAGGUCAUCACCAAGUUCACUGAGCCUCUUCAUCCAGGUUUUUCUGUCUCUCAAGACUACUCUUUGUCUAUUAGUGACAUACUUUCAUAGGUGUGUGAGGUUCAUCAUAGGGAGACUGAUCUGAGUUGACAGUGGAUGUGAAUAGAUACAUAUUGCAAAUAAUCAUUUUAUUGCUUUAACUUCUUAUCUAAUCUAAAAUGGGUUUAUGAUGGGGAAAAAACGUUAGUAUUAGAGCUGGGCUAUAUGGCCAAAAAUGUAAUCACGAUAAUUUUCAUUUUGGUCGAUAUCGAUAAUUAUGGUCAUAAACAUCAAGUCAUUAUUUCUUUUCAUUUUGAAGGCUGAUUUUUACUCCUAAAACUGAAGGAGCCAGAUGGUGAAUCGUAGUUCUAAAGUAUUUUUUAUCAUCAGAAAGUGCCGAACUCUUGUCAAACAAUAGUGAUGGCCACAAUGACACGUCGGGAACAAUUUUCUCUACUGUCUGACCCCACUAGACGGAGCUGUCUGUUCAAAAAAGGGCUCAAAACAAAGGGAAACUGAAAGAAAACCGAAAGUACCAUGUGGGCUCAAGAAAGAUCAUGAAUGAUUCAUGAAUGUCGUUUUGGUCCUUACUACCAAGCAGUAUUUCACAUUUCAGGGGUCUGAGACAGAAGAUGAACCGGAUGUUUUGUUCACUGCUGAAAAAACCCUGACACAUUCAUCAUUUCUUAAUUCUCUCUAUAUUGUUACUGUCAGGAUUUCUCAUGGGCUGAGUUUUACUGUAGACCUUUCUUUUGGAUUCCGCUGGAUUUCCCUUAUUGAACGACUUGCUUUGGACUCUUUGGACUUACUUGCUCUCCCGUUGAGUCGCCCUUCUGUUUUCACGGUUUUGUCUGUUCUUUGCCUAACUGCCCUGUCGCAUUAUGCUAUUUGUUCAAUGAAUCCCCCGUUUUUAUGGCUGUGCUUGUGCUCCACUGCGGGUCCUGACAACGAGAUACAGAGAAAGCGAAGUGAAUUUGUGAUGCAAAACGUGUCACCGGCGACAUGUUUGGUCUUUUAAUUAUAUCGGAAUUAUAUAGUGCAUUUGACAUAUGGAAAUGGCGAGGAAAUUAUAUUGUGAUAAUUAUUAUCACAAUGUAAGUCGCUCUGGCUAAGGGCGUCUGCCAAAUCCUGUAAAUGUAAUGUAAAUGUAAAUUAUUUUGUUGACCAGACCUACUUCGUAUGUUGGUAAAUUAAUUUCGUACUGUUUUUAAACAUUAUGUCUAAUGUUAUUUUCUCAAAACUGUCUUGGAUAUUAAGUAUGCUAUCAUAAAGGAGUUUUGUCAGUAUUGUAAAAUUCAAUAAAAUUGUCUCUUAAUUAAAUAUUACUCUCAAAGAGUUAGUACUGUGAUCAGAAUUGUGUGUUCACGCAAAGACAGGCUGUGUAUAUAUUUUCAUUUUCUAUUCUUUAUCAUAAAAGGUGACUGACAGACCUGUAUUCACUGAUUGUAGCAAAAGUCCAAAUUGCGAUUGCAACCUGUAUUUUGCUGAAACACACAAACGGUAGUUCGUGUUGGACUGCUGCAGUGCAGGAGUAAAUCGUUAGCAGAUGUACUCAAAUGACCUGGAGAUACUCUGAAAUUUUGAAUAAACUGUGUUGGGUUAAACCCAGGAAAAACAA